GGUUUCAGACGAAAAUUUUUGCCUUUGUCGCUUGUGUCACUUUCACUACGUCCUCCAGAAGUAAAUAUGAAAAGGCAUCGAUAUUUUUUUUGUUAAUUAUCAUUAAUUAAGUGAGCCAAUUUAUUUUCGAACAAAAACCCCAUACAAAACAAAACAACAAAACCUUAACGCAACAUAUCUCCUCCAAAUCAUCAACAACAAAAGAAUACAAUUACAACCAAAUGGGUAACUACGAUAGGAAGAAAAGCACACCCUGCACCGAUUGCAUGCGUUGCCUCAAGUGGAUUCCAGUAAUAUUUAUAGUUGCGGUCAUCGUCUGGUCCUACUACGCCUAUGUUGUCCAACUAUGCCUACUUUCAAUCGAUAGCACUGUACAGAAGAUUAUUUUCAUUGCCUUGUAUCAUAUUGUUUGUGUGCUGUUCUUCUGGUCCUACUGGAAUACGAUUUUUACUCCAGUUGGCACAGUUCCUCAUAAAUGGCGUAUUCCUGAAAGUGAAAUUGAUCGAUUGUUUCGAGCAGAAAAUCAAGAGCAGCAGAAAAGAGUAUUAGAAAAUUUCGCUAAGGAUCUGCCAGUAUCCAAUCGGACUCUUCAUGGCGCUGUAAGAUUCUGUGAAAAAUGUCAAAUUAUAAAACCAGACCGAGCACAUCACUGCAGCGUUUGCGGUACAUGUGUUCUAAAAAUGGACCACCACUGUCCCUGGGUUAACAAUUGUGUGAACUUUAAGAACUACAAAUUCUUUGUUUUGUUCCUGGGAUAUGCCUUGCUCUACUGUUUAUAUGUAGCGCUAACAUCUCUAGAGUACUUUAUAAAGUUCUGGCGGGGUGAGCUUAACGGUGGAAUGGGACGAUUCCAUAUACUAUUCCUAUUUUUUGUAUCUCUAAUGUUCGCAAUAAGCUUAGUCAGUUUGUUUGGCUAUCAUAUAUAUUUAGUUCUAGUCAAUAGAACGACCUUAGAAGCAUUUAGGGCACCGGUAUUUCGUAUCGGUGGGCCUGAUAAAAAUGGAUUUAACUUAGGAAAGUAUGCAAAUUUCCAAGAGGUCUUCGGUGAUAACUGGAAGCUCUGGCUGAUUCCAGUUUACACUAGUUUGGGUGACGGUUUAAUAUACCCAACUCAAGGCCACCAUCAGAGUUCCUCAUACGAGUCGAUGGGAGACACCCAGACAAGCUUUGGCGAUGGAUUUAGUUAUCCAAUCCGACAUUUGGAUGAAGAUGCCGAGUCACUAUUGGGAAGUGAAACACGAAUUGAUAUCGAAGGAGACCUCUACAAUGAUACCAAUUUUCUAGACACGACUAUUCAAUAGAAUUUAAUUUAUUUUCCAAAAAUUGCAACCAUUGAAAACGUAACUUAGUUAAGUAUUAGUUUUAAAAUUCAAUAAACAAAGAAUGUACGUUUGCAAAACAAACAAACAACAACAACAACAAGGAAGACAGACAAAAAUUAAAUUUUAUAGAAUGUAGGCCUAGGGUAUUUAUUAAAAGCAGAGUACAAACUAGAAAUGCAGUUCUAGUUUUAGAAAUGAAAAAUAAAAAAAAUACAAAAAUAUAUAUUUACCUAUAUAAUAGAAAACAAAAAUACACCAAGUUAAUGCUUGAAAACAAUUUAGCAGUUGCGUGUGACUGAUUUUUUAAUUAAAACAAAAGAAAUAUAAUAAUAAACUUUGUUUGCAUUAUGUUAAACAUUUAUGUAGAUAUUAUAAGGAUUAUUUUACUUAACAAAGAAAAGAAAAAGAUUAAUAUUUUAUAGGUUAAAUAAUAAAGCGUAGUUGAAUUAAUUGUACAUACGAACAAAACAAAAAUUAAAUUAAAAUUAAAUUUAUAUUUCAACUGAAUGCGCAAGCUAUUUAAAUUUAAAAUCAAAAAAAGAAAAACAUUUUGCAGCAAAGGUAGACAUCGUAUUUUGUAUAAAUGAGACGUAUAUAAAGUAGAAUAGCGUAGGUGUUAUGAGUGUAAAAACUAUAGUGUAAGUAAUUCACAAUUUUUGUUAAGAUUAUGUAUAAUAUAUAAAACAAUUAUACUAAAUGUAAAUGAAAUAAAACGGAUUUGCGUUGCGUAUCUGAAUGUAUGAAACUA